AUGGAUCCGUCUGAUCUCAAGCAUAUGCCCACGCCUCGUUCUUCCCGCGACAACCCUCCAUUUUCCCCAAAAGCGCCUCUUUUAUCUCCCGACGCCCCUCGUUCUCCCUCGGCGAACCAGCUCCACUCGAAAAAGAACCGCCUAUUUCGCUCCACAGAUUGUCGCCAACCCCCCGGCGAAUCAUCUCUCCGUUUUUCCCAGCGCCGCCAUUUCUCCGCCGCGCGUUCGUUGCCCUCGGGCUCCAACGCGCCCGCGCAUCUCGUUUCGCCGUUGGACCCGUCACUCUCCUCCUCCUCUUCCGAUGAGGAGGACUUUCCAAUCGCCGUCCACCGUGCAGCACCGCUCCAAACCGCGCAACCGCCCGUUUUUUCCGCGCAUCUCUCCGCGCAGCCGGCCCCCCCGCAGGGCGCGUCCGCGCGCCUCCCCGCCUCGUGGUUUCAAGAAGCGGCGGCGGGAGCGGAUCGGUGGGGUGCCCGGGGUAAGGAGGAAGUAAAGAGAGAAAAUGCAGAGGAUGAAAUUGAGGAAGGGGAGGUAUUCUCUGAUGAGGAAGAUGCAGAGGAAGGUACAGAGGAAGGAGCAGCGGAAGAAACGGAGGAAGACGCAAAGGAAGAUGCCACGAAGGAUGAGCCAAAGGAAACCUCGAUGGGAGAUAAUCAGCAACAGAGAGUGAUGGAGGUAGAGGAACGAGAGGAGAGGGAGAGGGAGAGGGAGAGGGAGAGGGAGAGGGAGAGGGAUAGGGAGAGGGAGAGGGAGAGGGAGAGGGAUAGGGAGUCAGGGACGCAGCGAGUAGCUAAGGUAGAGCCAGAUACUGCUAUGGAUGUUGAGACCAAAGGUUCAGUAGGGUGGGAGGGGGAGGAGCGAAAGUUGCAGGCGAGGGUGAAGACGGAGCGAGAAGAAGGAUGCAGCGAGAAGGAGAGUGGGCCUGGUGGCUGCUCUGCUAGUGGGGUUGGUAUGGGUGGUGCGCGUGACGUGUGUGGUAUGGGUGGUGUGGUUGGUGUGACUACCAAGGUGAAUGAUGAAGGUGGGGCGAAACGGAGGGAGUUAACUCGGAACAUACCUGGUGGUGGCGCUGCUGCAGUGGCCCACUUCUGGCAGGACGAGGCGGAAUACAACUCCCUACACAAGAUGCGAGCGCAGGACACUGGUCUCCCCUGGGGAGUGAUGGAGGGGUGUGAGGGGUGCCGUUACCGCGGGUGCUACCGAUGCUGCCACGUGUCGGCACGCUGGAAGCCGGAUGAGUCACGACGGCCCUCCGUGGGAGAGGCACCCACGUUCUACCCCACUGCCGAGGAGUUUGCCAAUCCAGUGCGCUACAUCCAGUCAAUCCAGCGGUUAGCAGAGGAGCACGGGAUAUGCCGCAUCGUGCCGCCCGCCUCCUGGACGCUCCCUGCGGGCGCCUCUCUCUCCCAGGAGCACCUGCGCUCCCUACGCUGCCGCUACCCCACACGUGUGCAAGAAGUCAGCCGCCUGCAGGUCCGCAAGCCCUGGACGGCAGCUGCUGGAAACAGCCGGGGUUAUCAGGAGCACCCCCACCAGAAGAUGCAGCAGCAGCAGCAACCAGAACCAGCACACCUGCAGCAACAGCCGCACCACCAGCAGCAGCAGCAGCACCUGCAGCAGCAGCAGCAGCAGCAGCAGCAGCAGCAGCAGCAGCAGCAGCAGCGGCAGCGGCACCAGUACCAACAGCGGCAGCGGCAGCAGCACUAUAUCCCCCCAGUCACCUCAGUGGACAACAUUCCAAUCAUUCUCGCCCUUGCAGCCCCUGGUGGUCCCAAUGACACCUGGCACGAGAAAUCCCCCAAGAUUAAAGCCCUUUCUUGCAUCGGCUCCCCUAAAAGAACCCUCCACUGGAUCAGCAAGGGCCAUCGGACACACAGAGGGGUGGGCGGUAGCACAGGAGGGUUGAGUGCGGUGGAGGGGGAGUUUUGGAGGGUUGUGGAGGCACCAAGCGAGCGUAUAGAGGUGCUGUAUGCAUCGGACGUGGAGAGGCACAACAUACAACCUGCUCCCACCACACCGCACGUGAAAGCAAAAGCAGCAGCAAAUCCUGAUGCAGCACCGUCAAGGCUGGCAGCACUAGCAGCGGUAGCAGCACUUGAUGAUGCUGAUUUGACUGGUGCCGAACUAAGGGGCUUUGAUGCAGCAAGCCCAGCAGCACCUGCAGCAAAUUCGGCAGCAAUGGAAGACCAUUUGCUGCCACCGCAUGUGGAGGAUCAUCAUCUCAACUCACUCAACUACUUGCACUGGGGGCGUCCCAAGGUGUGGUACGGAGUGGCCAGCAGGCAUGCAGAGCGGUUUGAAGCGGUGAUGCGCAAGCGCCUGCCCGAGGCCUUCCGUGGCAUAGAUGACCUGCUGCAAAGCCUUGUGACGCAGCUGUCCCCGGCUGUGUUGCAGCAGGAGGGCAUUCCUGUGGUGCGCCUCGUGCAGCACCCCAACGAGUUUGUGGUCACCUUUCCGCGAGCCUACCACUCAGGUUUCAACGUCGGGUUCAACUGUGCCGAGGCUGUCAACAUGGCACCACCUGAUUGGCUGCAGCACGGGCUGCGGGCAGUGGAGGGUUAUUGUUCCAUUAAGCGUAGCGCCACUCUCUCCCAUGACAAACUGCUGCUGCGCGCUGCUGCUACUGUCCUUGAAGCUGCUGCUGCUGCAGCUGCUGCUGUUGCUGCUGCUGGUGCUGUCCUUGAAGCUGCUGUUGAUGCUGCUGGUGCUGAUGCUGAUACUGCUGCUGCUGCUGCUGCUGCUGCUGCUGCUGCUGCUGCUGCUGAGGGGGCAGUGUGGUGUGAGAAUGCGGAGACAAUAUGUGUUGCUUUAGAGGAGCGAGUGUCUCUUGAGAAGAGCCGGCAACAAGCUCUUCUCCUACCUGCCACGCUGUCGCCACCGUCGCAGCCGUCGCAAUCAGCUCAAGCACCUACUUUCCGCAUCUCACGCGUCAACACAUUCCCUCCGCCCUCGGGCACAGCCCCACCCUCGGCUCCACAACGCUCCUCAUGCCCUUCAUCUCAGGCAACGGAGCGACCCCGAGCCGCACAAGCCGCACAAGCAGCACAAGCAGCGCAAUCCAUACCUGAUUUGGAUUUCCUGCAGUGCUGCUACUGCUCCAACGACCUCUACCUCUCCUUUGCCUCGUGCUGCCGUGCAUGCUUCCCCAGGCAACCUGGCACCACCAGUGCAGCAGCAGGCGGGUCCGUCCUAGAAGCAGCACUUAGAGCACCACCACCAACAGCAGCAGCUACAGCAGAAGCAGAUGAAGCAGACCCGGUGCUGUUUGUGAGGUACACUGUGGAAGAGAUGGAGGAUAUAGUGCAGCUACUGAAGGAGCUUAAAAGGUGUACAAGUGGGCAGCAGAAGGCAGGUGCAGAUGAGGCAACUGUUGGGGCUGGCAGGACUCGUGCUGGGGGGGAAGGGGGAGCUUUUGGGGUUGCUGCUGGUCCUGCCACUGCCCCUGCUACUGCUGCAGUGAAGGCUGCUGCUACUGCUGCUGCUACUGCUGCUGCUGCUGCUGCCGCUGCUCCUUCUGCUUCCACUGCUCCUGCUGCUCCUGUUUUAACCUCCCCUCCCUCUCGUGCUGCUGUUAGGGCUGCGUUUUCCUCCACAGCCUCACAGCAACCUCCCUCCCCAGCCCCGUCCAUCCCACCCAGAGCACCUGCGGUUCGUGCUGCCUUUCCUGCCAGAGACGGGCACCUGGACGGGCACAUUGACGGGCAGGUGGAGGGGCAGGUGGAGGGGUACGUGGAGGGGCGGGAGGCGCGGGUGCUGCGGUACCGGGAGAAGCGGCGCAACCGGCUCUUCUCCAAGACCAUCCGCUACCAAGUGCGCAAAGUCAACGCCGACCGCCGCCCGCGCGUCAAGGUGUGCUCUUGGGGGAGGAGAUGGGAUUUGAAGGCUGUUGCGGUUUUCUUUCAUGGCUUCUGUUAG